AUGAAAACGUUAUUCUGCUUUGCUGUGGAAAAUAGCGGAACAGUGGAGCACAAUGGUGCCAAAAUUAUAUUUUCAAGCGUUGCUGCAAUUUCACACAUGCUCUCACCACCGUCGUCUCACCAGGGUCUUUACAUCAUGGUGUUCACGCUCGCAGUACUGGUUGCUUGUGUGGCUGUAUCGCUUCUGUUUGUUGGCAUCUUCUGCCAUGUACCUGUUUUGUUGAUACCCCAUAUGCUUAUGCAGGUUCUAUUUGUGCUUACUCUACUCGGUAUGGCUUCAUUUACCGUAUACACGCUGUUCGCGGGCACCUCGGUUCAACUCAGGAUUGCCGUUGUUGGAAUGGAUGACGACGUUACACAGCAGAGUUUGUUGAACACUUCAUCGUUCAACCUUUCCGUAGUUUCUGGUUUCCUCACGGGUCUAUUGAUUUUGAUUGUUGUCGCCUACUUCGCGGCCGCUCUUAUUAAUAUUUGGUGUUUCAAUGUGGUCAUGGACUGCUAUAGAUGGCUGGGUUUCCGCCUCGAAGAAAAAAGUCGAGCUCUGGGCCGCAACGAUAUCCCGAUCUCACGCCUGGACGGCAAACCCCCGGUCGCUGUGAUCCAUGCCACCGAUUUCUGA